AUGCAAGAUCUGCCAGUAAUGAUCAGUGCGUCAGAUGGCACGCAAUGCAGAGUCCAAGAUGCUGACAUUGAGCGUAGGUAUCUUCGGAUGCUUCAUCAUCGGAUCCGAGAGCUGGAGGAAACCUGCACCAAAGCAGGGGUCGCCGUACCUGCAUUUGGAGGCGAGAGCCUCAUGGACAACUCUGUAACAACUGAGAACGAUCCGGGUGACUCCUCCGGGUUGCUGGAUCCGGCCAUAUCGUCCACUACAACGGGCGCGCAAGCACAACAACCAUCGCCUACACACCACAUAGAGCCGGCCAGAUCGCAUCCGGUGAACAGUGACGCGCGUGUAUAUAGUUCUCCCUUGACGGAGACUGAGAUCUACCCGUCGACUCCAUUUGAACCUCAUAGUAACGUCACUGGAAUGGGCGCGAUCAGUUCUGCCGAUGAGUCUGAAAGACCUACCUCACGGCACAACAAUUCGCAACAUCUCAGAACAAACCCCGAGUCCAUUACGUCGAAGGAAGAGAUGUCGUCCUUCACACAAGGUGCCGGGGCACCCCAGAGCAAGUUUCAGGUCGAUGAGCUUCUCCUUCCGCCAAGGGACUUGGCAGAUCACCUAUUGGACUGCUUCUGGGACCGGAUCUACUGCCUCUACCCAUUUUUUCACCGUCAGAGUUUCCAAGACGCCUACGACAAUCUAUGGAUCGGACGUGAGCAGCCCACCAAACCAUUGAGCAACCUUGAUAUUGGGCUGGGAAACAAAAAUCAUUCGGGGUCUCGAUCGAUCGUGUUCAUUUGUGCGCUGAACAUUAUUUUUGCUCUUGGCUGCCACUUUGCCGACAUACCGGCCCACGAGCGAGAAGCGGUUGCCCAUACGUUCUUUCUCAGGGCGAAAAGAUUUAUUGGUCUUGACAUACUAGACAUCCGCAGCGUCGGCACUGUCCAAUGUCUUCUCCUCACCGUAUUAUUUCUACAGUCAACGCCCUACCCCCAUCGAUGCUGGCAUUCCAUAGGUGUGGCUUGCCGCGUGGCCCAGGGACUGGGCCUCCAUGAAGCGCGAUUAGAUGACGAGGUACAUCCGCUCGAACAAGAAAUCCAACGCCGGACAUGGCAUGGAUGCGUGAUGAUGGAUAUGUUUGUAAGCAUGACUUACGGUCGGCCCACGAUGACCUCCCAUUUACCAAGUGUUCCACCUCCGGCAUGCUCUGAAGCGGGAUCCGGGGAAGACCAAAGCCCAUCGGUGAUGGUCUUCUACAUCGCCACCAUAGAAAUGUACGGAAUCCUAGACACUAUAUUAUCUGACGUGUAUAAGGUCUGGUGGAGCAAAAGCAGUGCAACCCCGGGUGAUUCCACAGCAAACCAGGGAGGCUUGGAUGUUAUUAUCUAUUUGGAAGAGAAGCUGUUCGAGUACGAGUCCAACCUACCAUCGUUCUUGAACUGGACGAAGCCAACGACGCCAGCAACUAUAUCAGCCAAGCAGCUCAUCUUGAGACGCCAGAGAAACGUCCUCCAUGCAAGAUUUCUCUACCUCCAUCUCCUUCUAUAUCGACCAAUUUUCACGCAACUCUGUUCCGAGAAUCCGGGUCGCACCCAUGACACAGACCGCCGCAGUACAACUCAUAGCAUGAUCAAAACAUCGCUCUUGACGAAAUGUGCGGCCGCUUGUGUUCAAGCAGCGAUCAACCUCAUCUGCCUCGUCCAUGACACCCAUCUGGAUCCCGCAACCGACACUUGGUGGUAUAACGGGUUUUAUCUAUCGACCGCAGGCAUGGUAAUAAUAAUGUCUUACACCUGUCGCCCCAUUUGGGACGAGCUAGACAAAGCAACCAUCGACUCAACAUGGGCUAAGUGCGAGGAAGUUCUACGAAAAAUGGGACCAUUCAGUGUGUCGGCCCGAAACACUAUACAGUUCCUACAAGCCACGCGCAACCAAGUCCUGGCUACUCACCAGCAGAGACCAUCGGCAGCGGCAUGUAGCACAACUACCAAUAGUGAACCGCAGCGUCAACACAUCAGCUCACAGACCAACCAAAUCCAGCUGACUGGCGUUGAGCUUCUACCACAGGAAGGGCCCAGUGGGCUCACUUGGGAUACUUCCACGGAACCCCUAGCAUACGAUCUGGGGUUUCUGGGACCCUUUGAUUUCAACGAACUGCAGGGAUGGUUGCCUGAGUGGAAUGCUUGA